CAGAAGGUGUCUCCUCGCUCUCACAGCCGUCAGACGCGGCUAGUCCACCCUGAAGAGACACUGCUCUGUCCCCAGUCCCUCCAAACAAACUUUUCCCGGUGAUACCGACUGCUGGUUUCCACCAUGGCGACGAGCGCGAAGCGAAAGCAGGAGGAGACUCAUCUAAAGAUGCUCCGGGAAAUGACUAGCCUACCCGCGAAUAGGAAAUGCUUCGACUGUGACCAACGCGGCCCCACUUAUGUCAACAUGACAGUGGGUUCCUUCGUCUGCACCACCUGCUCCGGGAUCCUGCGAGGACUGAACCCCCCCCACAGAGUGAAGUCCAUCUCUAUGACCACAUUCACACAGCAGGAAAUAGAGUUCCUACAGAAGCACGGCAACGAGGUCUGUAAACACAUCUGGUUGGGCCUCUAUGACGACAGGACAUCAGUUGUUCCAGAUUUCCGAGAACCACAAAAAGUAAAAGAGUUCCUUCAGGAAAAAUACGAAAAGAAAAGAUGGUAUGUUCCUCCAGACCAGGCGAGGUCAGUAGUGAGUGUUCAGGCCUCCGUCUCUGGUUCCUCAGCAAGCAGCACGGGCAGCACCCCAGAAGUCCAACCUCUGAAAACCCUCCAGCUCAAUAAAACACCACUGCGCCAGUCUCCAGGUGUGGGCCGCUCCCAGGCUCACAGUGCUGCUCACGAGAAGAAGUUUGACUUGCUGUCAGACCUGGGGGGAGACAUUUUUGCUGCUCCACCAACUCAAACUGCCACCUCUUCCAACUUUGCCAAUUUUGCACAUUUUCCAAGCCAGUCAGCUCCUCAGGGUAAUUCUAAUUCCAACUUUGCCAACUUUGAAGCUUUUGGAAACACUUCAGUUCCGUCCCAUGUGAGCACGUCACCUCCCUCAAAGUCUUUUUCAUCAGGAGGAGGAGUGCCAAUUCCAUCUAUGUCUGGGGUCGUGGCUGCUCAGUCCCAUACAGGGAAGAGCCUGGAGGACCGCUAUGCUGCACUUGCAGAGCUGGACAAUGAGCUCAGCUCCUCGGCCUCCACAGGCAGCACUGUGCAAGGGAACCUAUUUGGACCUGUUCUCGGUUCAUCACCGGCUCAGAAUUCAAAUGUUUUAGCCAACAUGCAGCCUGGCUUUGGAGCUGUGCCAUCUACAAACCCUUUUGUUGCCGCAGCGAUAGCCCCAGAGAUGGCCACCAACCCGUUCCAGGCCAACGGCAGAGCUCCAGCUGCAGCCUCGUUUGGUACUGGCUCUAUGAGCAUGCCUGCCGGCUUUGGGAAUGCGUCUUCCUACUGCCUCCCGACCAGUUUCAGCGGAAACUUCCAGCAGCAAUUCCCUGGCCAGGUCCCCGUCCCUUACACUCAGCCGGGGGCCUAUCACCCUCAGUCUAAUGGCCCUGCCUUCCCCGUCUACGGUCAGAACAAGCCUUCGAUUACGCCCUUUGGGCAGCCUGUGGCUGUCCCUGGCAUGUCUAAUAACCCAUUUAUGGCAGGAGCACCAGCUGGCUCGUUCCCUGCAGGAAGUUCAUCCACCAACCCUUUCCUGUAGCACGGCUCCUGGUUUUUGCCCCCAGAGGGCAGCAUGCAGCACAUACUCAACGCACUUGUUCCGUCACGCUGUUAGUGGCAGUACAUUUCUUAGAGACUUCUAUAAUUUUUUUAUAUAAAGGUUUACAACACUAUGAAGGAGUACAAAGAAAUAUAUUAAACACUAAGGGACAUUUGUGUGGGACCUGUACUAUUUGGACCAUAUACUACUAUAUGCGUUUUAUUUUUUGUUAUAACUCUAAGCUUGGUGCAUAUCACCAUUUGUAAUCACAAAUAAGUACAUGUAAUGUAUAUCGAGGACUGAAUUUAGCAAGGAUGCUUAUUUUCAAACCUUGUAUUUAAAAAAAAAUCUAAAAAGAAAAAAAA